AUGGAGACAUACAUGAUUCGAGUCUAUACUGGCUCACUCAGUCAGGAAAGUGAAUUUGUUUCUGUGGAGGCAGAAAAAUCAACAGCAUCAGUGGAUAUCACUAAAGUUGCUGUUCACAAGUUGAAAAAAUUAGGAAAUAGUGAUAAUUUUGAACUCGCUGAAGUUUUUAUUUCAAGUGGUCAACUGUGUAAAGAACGAAGAUUGGAUCCAAUGGAUACCCCUGUUGGAAUCCAGCUUCUCUGGCCAAAAAUUAUCAAUGCUGACAUUGACAAAGGUCAAGGUCUUUUGACUGGAUACCGUUUUUAUUUACGAAAGAAAGAUCCUGAAGUGUCUCACAAUUCAGGAUGGAUGGAGUGUAAAGAUACAGAUACGUUCCUGAUGUCAUUUCUAAAACAACCAAUCGGUAACAAGGAAUAUACUGAUUUAUGUAACCUACCGAAUCUCAAUGAAAAAACUCUUCUAGAAAAUUUAAAAACUAGGUUUAGCAAUAAUUAUAUUUAUACCUAUGUUGGAUCUAUACUCAUUGCUGUCAAUCCCUUCAAAUUCUUUCCUAUCUAUAAUCCAAAGUGUGUCAAAAUGUACCAAAACAAACGACUGGGAGAGUUACCUCCUCAUAUCUUUGCAAUUGCUGAUGCAGCAUAUUAUACUAUGUUGAGAACUAAAAAGAAUCAGUGUAUAGUGAUAUCAGGUGAAUCAGGUUCGGGUAAAACAGAAAGUACAAACUUAUUACUGCAUCAUUUAACAGCGUUAAGUCAUAAAGGAUUACAUGGUAGUGGUGUAGAACAAACUAUAUUAGGUGCUGGCCCAGUUUUAGAGGCUUUUGGUAAUGCUAAAACUGUCCACAACAAUAAUUCUAGUAGAUUUGGUAAAUUUAUUCAAGUAAAUUAUAAAGAAAAUGGAAUGGUUCAUGGGGCAAUUGUAGAAAAGUAUCUGUUAGAGAAAUCUCGGAUUGUAUCUCAAGCUAAAAAUGAAAGGAAUUACCAUGUGUUCUACUAUCUAUUAGCUGGUGCUGAUGAUUCUGAAAGACAUUCCCUAAAUUUAUCUACUCCUGAAAACUAUAACUAUUUGUCUUGUAGUGAUUGUAUUACUCUAGAUGGAACAGAUGAAAAAUAUGAGUUUGCUCGGCUUAAGCAAUCAAUGGAAAUGGUUGGGUUUUCUCCAGAAACACAAAAAAGAAUAUUCAGUGUUCUUUCUGCUGUACUUCACCUGGGUAACAUAGAGUUUAAAAAGAAAGGUGAUCAACACCAUGAUGAAUCUGUGUCCAUUAAAAAUGAAGAUGAUGUUAAAAUUAUCUCAAAUCUACUCAAGGUGAAAGAAAAGACUGUGAUAGAAGCAUUAACUACCAAGAAAACUGUAGCUGGAGAUGAAACAGUGGUUAUUAAUUUUAAAAUGGAAGAUGCAAUAGCUACAAGAAAUGCAAUGGCUAAAUGUAUAUAUGGUGCCUUGUUUGAUUGGAUUGUAUUAAAAGUAAACCAAGCGUUAUUGGCGAAAAAACAUAACAGUGAUCAUCAGGGUAAUUCAAUAGGUGUCCUUGAUAUUUUUGGAUUUGAAGAUUUUGGUAAUAACAGUUAUGAACAGUUCUGUAUAAAUUACGCCAACGAACAUUUACAGUAUUAUUUCAAUCAGCAUAUUUUUAAAUUUGAACAAGAGGAAUAUACUCGGGAAGGUAUACAAUGGAAGAAUAUAGAAUUUAUAGAUAAUACAAGAUGUUUAGAAUUAUUCUCUAGUAAACCAAAAGGUUUAUUUUGUCUCCUAGAUGAGGAAUGCAAUUUUCCUGGUGCCACCAAUGAUACCCUAUUAUCUAAGUUCAAUCAUCUACAUAAAGAUAAUCUAUAUUAUGAAGUUCCUGUUUUAAGAGAACAGGCGUUUGUUAUAGUACAUUACGCUGGUAAAGUCAAAUAUCAGAUAAAGGAUUUUCGAGAGAAGAACUCAGAUCAUAUUAGAACAGAAAUAGUUAGUGUUUUAAAGAAAAGUUCCUUAUCAUUUGUUCGAGAAUUAAUGGGAAUCGACCCAGUAGCUGUCUUAAGAUGGGCUAUAGUAAGAGCCUUCUUUAGAUGUUUCUUUGCUUUCCUUGAUUCUGGUAAAAGAUGGAGAAAACAUGGAGGUAAUAAAAGAUUAUCAGAUUCUCAACUCUUACAAGAUCCUAAUUAUAAUGACAACUUGCUCAAUGCAUGUCACCAAGUUAAUACAAGUAGUGAUGAAGAUAUAUUUUAUAAAGGGCAUGAAACAUCUUGUGAUGAUGACCUAUCAGUUAUAGAGAAUCACUUACCAAAAUCUAAAGCUCGUAUAAUGCGUCGAGCCUCCAAACUUAUCUUGAAAAAUAAAUCAUUCAAACCAAAACCUCGCCCCCCAUCAUUGAGUUUUCGAGAUAUUCGAACACUAAAAGCUAUCUCUGUUAACACUAUUUAUGGUGGAAGUGUUCGUCAAUCAUCUAAAAAGCCUCCUAGUGUUAGUGCUCAGUUCCAGUGGUCUCUGUCUAGAUUAAUGACAACAUUAAAUCAAGCUAAUCCAUUCUUUAUAAGAUGUAUUAAAUCAAAUUCGGAAAAGUUACCAUGUACGUUUGAUGAAGAAAUAGUUUUACGUCAAAGUAUUAUAACUUUUUCAAUGAUCCUUUUGAACAUUACUGGUUAUUCAUUUGACAUUUUGAUUUCUGUUUUUCAGGAAUUUAUACAACUAUAUAAGAUUCUACUACCUAGAGGUUUGUUAAGCUCUAAAGAAGAUGUCAAAAUAUUUCUAGAGCAUAUGACUUUUAGUUUAGAACACUAUCAAAUAGGAAAAGAUAAGGUAUUUCUACGUGAAACUGAGAAAAUGUUACUAGAUGAAGCCUUACAUCGUGCUAUAAUGGAGAGAGUUGUUCGUAUUCAAAGAUGGAUGAAAACUAUUAUAGAGCGGCAAUUAUUUGUCAAGUUACGCUGGGCUAGUCUUAUCUUGCAGAAAUAUGUCAGAAGAUUUUUGGCGGUUAAAAAAUUACAUCAGUUACGUAAUGAAGAGUUUGCUGCUGUAACAAUACAGAGAUGGUAUAGAGGCUAUAGAGUUAGAAGUUUUUAUCAUUUCACUAGAAAUAUGGUUAUUUUAAUACAAGCUCAAGUCAGAACAUUUAUAGAUAGAAAGAGAUUACUUGAUAUGUGUUUUAUUUGUGAGGUUGAUUCUCAGAAGCCUGGAUUAAGUCAGGGUCAUGGAGAAUUGAAGAGAAUUCUAACUAUCUCGAUGACAACUUUCUGUUUGCACAAUUACUUCACUGCUAUUAUUGUACACUUAAAACUAGUUCAAGAAAAAGAAAGACAAAGAAUAAUAGAAGAAGAACAUAGAAGACGUGAAAUAAAGAAACAUCAUGAAGAUAUGCAGUCAUCUGCUAGUGAUGAAGGGGUGUUAAUGAAAGGUUCUAGUGCUGAAGAGUUAGAACAAGUAGAAGAAUCAACGGACGGCAGAAGUGUUUUAAUACGUCGAGGAUCUCAAAGAUGGAAACCACGACCAGCUGACUCCCCAACCACACCAACUGAGACUAGUAAACCUAGUGGUAUAUCAGUUGUUUCACCAGAACAACUCAAGAAUAUAGAAUCUGCUGUAUCUAAGGGUCGUGAUAAACCUGAGAAUCAUCUUGACCCUGAUAAAAAUCUUGAAGUCAGUCAAAAAAGUCAUAAAGCAAUGUUUCAAAAUUUAAAAAAUUUCCUUGCAGGUAAUUAUAUAACAUUUGGUACUUUGAAGUCAUUUUGUUGCAAUGUGAAGAUUAAUUCUAAACUUUUCCUAGCUUCAAAGGUCUUAAAUGCAGCUCUUCGAAAUUCAGAAACUAUUUCAAAAUUAACGUAUCAGGUUCAGAUUGUGUUAUAUAGAGGGAUAAAGUAUUUACCAAUUAUUUUGUAUGAAUUGAAACAUCAUAUUCAAAAUAUCACUGAGAGAGCCAAGAAGAGAAAAGAUGAAAGUGAUGAAGAAGAAGAAUCAAGUAAAAAACCAACAGAAUGUAAGUUGCCUUUUAAGUGGCAGAAUGAUUUUAUUUGGGGGACAACUGUCAGAGUCUGUUUGCCAAGUACAAUCGAUCUCACCCCCAUCACUAGAAAGAAAGAAUCAGUUAUAUUAAAAGGGAUAGUAAACUGCUUUUCUAAAUUUUUUAUGUGUAUCGUGGAAGAGUCUAUUAAAGCUGGUUGGAAUCGUAAGAAGAAACGAAGACAAAGAUCAUCCCAGAAAGUAACUUCACAGGAUCCUCAGCCUACUUGGAGUGUAGCUGGUACAUCACAAUGGCAAUAUCCAGCAGAAUUAGUUAUAACUGAUCUCAAUGAGAUAAUGGCAUUGGAUGAAUUUAUCAGCAAAAAGUAUAUGGAACUAUUUAAAGACAGUGAAAAAAGAAGUUAUACUAUAUUUGAUAAGAUAUUUAAAGGUGCUAUUGAAGAUUUCAGAAGAGAUCUUAAAACUUUAAUUGGUUUAUUUCUAUUUUUUCAGAGAGAUGAAGUUUGUGUGAAGUACAGAGAUUUAUUAAGUAAUUUUGAGCAAGUACUAAAAGCAGGGGUAAUUCGAGAAAGAACUACAGCUACAUUUCCAGUAACUAUGGGAAUUAACGCAUUCCAUGCCUUUCUUGAUGGUUUUAUGAAAGCUCAACCAAAGAAAAAAGAAAAGAAAGAAGAAAAGAAGACAGAAACUAAAGCUGUUAAAAAAGAUAAAAAUAAAAAGGAUUGUACAAUGGAUCAUCUAGGUCACAAGUUUCUGCAGGUUCAGUUUAACAUUCCUACAUUCUGUGAGCUUUGUUCAUCUUUAAUAUGGAUUAUGGAGAAAGGUCAAGUCUGUCAAAUUUGUAAAUAUACUUGUCAUAAAAAAUGUUGUUCUAAGUCUAGUUCAGCCUGUAAAGGAACCUUAGAUAAUAGGGGUAGUUCUGGUUCUGUUAUGAAUGUUCCAUUACAAUCAUUAUUAGCUCCUAAUGAAAAAGUACCUAAUAUAAUAGAAAAAUUAAUCAGUGUGAUAGAGAUACAGGGUUUGUUUAUAGUCGGUAUUUAUAGAAAAUGUGGUUCAGCACCAAAAGUUCGGGCAUUGUUACAAGAAAUUGACAGUGACCAGAACAAUGUCAAAUUAGAAGACUAUCCUGUCCAUGUUUUAUGUACUGUUUUGAAAAGAUUUUUCCGUGAUUUACCUGAACCUCUGAUGACGUUUGACCUCUAUGAUGAAUUCCUUAUGGCUGCAGAUAUAAAAGAUGACAAAGAAAGAAUUCAAACCUUUUCUUCUGUGAUAGCAAGUCUCCCCAAACCAAAUUUUGAUCUCUUUGAACGCUUAAUUUUCCAUUUAGCAAGGGUUGCAAUGCAUGAGGAUAGUAAUAUGAUGAAUGCUCAAGCUUUAGCUAUUAUUUUUGCUCCAUGUUUACUACGAAGUAAUAAGAAUCUACAGGCACAAGAUUGUCUGAAACAAGUUCCAAAACAGAAUAUAUGUUUAGAGAAUAUUAUUAGUGAAAGGUUAAAGAAAUUAAAAGCAACAUUAAGUGAUAUAAAUACACUUGAGUCGGCUGAAAAGACUGCUACUGAUAGAUUAACAUAUCUUAGAGCUAGUAUUAGAUCUCCAGUAAGUAAUCUUCAAUUAAUAUAUCCUGUUCAACGAGUUCACUCACUUUGCUCUUAA